UGCUCUGACCUCACCUUCCUGUCCCACCAACGAGGAAGAGAGUGGAGCACAACAGUAAAGCUAAACUAAGCUAAGCUAGGCGUCAUCAUGCCUGCUGCGGUGAUUAUGGAGGAAAACUACGAUAAACUAUUGGAGCAGUGUGAAACUCAAGAGCUUGAGGCUCCGGGGGGCAUAGCAACACCUCAAGUGUACGCUCAGCUGCUGUCCCUCUAUUUACUGCAUAACGACAUGAACAAUGCCAGAUACCUCUGGAAGAGGAUACCACAGGUCAUUAAGUCGGCAAACCCUGAGCUAGCAGCUAUGUGGGCCGUCGGUCAGAGGAUUUGGCAGCGAGACUUCCCUGGCGUCUACACGGCCAUCGCUGCCUUCCAGUGGUCAGAAAACAUCCUUCCAGUCAUGGAGUCCCUGAGAGAGGGUACGCGUCAGCGGGCGUACGGCCUGGUGGCCCAGGCCUACACCUCCAUAGCAGCUCAGGACUUCGCCGCCUUCGUGGGAUACUCAGUGGAUGAAGCCGUGAAGGGCGUGGUGAGCCAGGGUUGGCAGGCCGACCCCAACACCAGGAUGGUAAUGCCCCAGAAGCCAGACCCUCCCCCUGUAUCGCUGGUUCCCAACGAGCAGCAGCUUGCCCGGCUGACCGACUACGUGGCCUUCCUGGAGAACUGACAAAGCUUUAGCGCCUUCUUCUCUUGAUCCACCACCACCACCACCACCAGCACCACUAGGUUGUGGAGGGGGUGGUGGCCCACUUGGCGAGGUGUGGGGCCCCUCUUGGUGGUCCCCUUAGCAACUGCUUUCAAGGCUGUGAGCAGGAGGUGAACCAGACCAGACCUGAGUGUGGAUCCUUUAAGACAGACGCUCUGCCGUGGUUGUGUGUGCCGACACUCUUCAUCACAUAAUGUGUAUGCAUUAUUCAUCCAUUAAACGUCCUGUUCUUGGCACUUAAGAAAUCCCAGUGUUCCCACAGCUUGCGCUAGGUGGAGGUUGUGGUUGAGGACCUCUUGAGGGCCACACGGGGGGCAAUUGAUUGGACCAUCUGUUGCCCUUGUGUUCUUUGUUUAUGUUUACGCCUGGUGAAUAAAUAUUCUCAUGUCUCAGAUGA